AUGGGGGAUAGGUCCAAGGAUAGAGGUGGGGAUGGAGGAGGAGGCCCACGCCUGCCUCCGGAUCAUCACGGAUUCUCCCGUUGCAGACGCGAAGAAGCCCGAGGGCGAGCAGGAGAGCGAGCUGGCGGCCCUGAUGAAGGACCUGGCGAGCGCCGUCAGGAACAACACGAAGGCGCUGCUCACCACCAUGGAGGAGAAGGAGGAGCUGCAGUGCGCCCCGCCCUUCUUCGCCGCCGGCGGCGAGUGCUUCUACGUCAACAACCGGAAGCGCCUCACGUGGGUCGAGGCGCAGACCUUCUGCCGGGGCCUCGGGGCGACCUGGCCGAGCCCGACCGGGUGAACAUGCUGAGGGCGGUUCUGCUGCAGAAGUAUCCCGCGGACGAGAACCAGUUCUUCUGGGUCGGCGCCUCCGUGAACGGCACCGGGAAGGCGUGGAAGUGGGUGUCGGGGCGGAACGUGAGCCGCGGCGACUGGGGCACCGACCAGCCCGACGGAGGCAACGAGAACUGUGUGGUCCUGAGCCGAGACGAGUUCCCCGCGCUGCACGACUCGCCCUGCUACACCCAGACCAUGUUCAUCUGCGAGAAGGCGGUCGUCAUCCCCAACUAGGGCGGGCGUGAGAGUGGGCGUGGGAGGAGGCGGAGGGCGAUGGGGCAGGGUGUGCUCUUUUGCUGCGUCUGUGUGAGAGAGAGAGGGGGUGGGAGGGAAAGAGAGAGAGAGAGAGAGAGAGAGAGAGAGAGAGAGAGAGAGAGAGAGAGAGAGAGAGAGAGA